UGCUAGCUAAAAAAAUCGAUGAAAUGAAAAUUGGUAACCAUCAUAGAAUCAUCACUCAAAGGUAUGAACAAUAACUAAUAUGGAUAAUAGAAGAGUAUUCAGUUCAUAUAGGAAUAGGAUUAAAGAGUCUACACCCUCAUCAGCACUGUCCACGUCCUCCAAACCUGGAACUCAUGGGUUCCUUUCUAAGGUCAGAGGUUUAUAUGAUAGGGUAUCUUCUCAAUCCAGCAACACCAGCAAUUCUAAUAAUUCUAAUAAUUCUAAUAAUUCUAAUAAUUCUACUAGUAAUAAAGUAGACACAUCAGUUCAAUCUAAUCAGUUCAAGUUUCCAGGAUCUUUUGAUUAUUCUUUUGCUAAUGAGACUGUUAUUAACAAUGACAAGAGUUCUAAUCAUUUACAAUCAUCACCAAAUAAGGUAUUGGCAGAUUUCUUUAAGGAAAGAGGUGAUAAACCACUUUCAAAAAUAGAAUAUGAAGGUGUGUUAUCAUUGAUUGCCAAGAGUAAAGAGUCUGAACCAAAUUCUGAUACCAGUCAUAUACAUAAUAAUAAUAAUAUAACCAACAACAAUGAAGUGGAUAAUACUAUUCUAAACGACAGAAGUCUAUUAUUACAUCCAUCAAACAAUACCCAAAAUAAUCUGUUCUUAUUCAAUGACUCCCCAAGACAGAAGUACUUAAAGCGUCCCCAUAGUGGAGAUGAUACCAGCAUUAUAGAUACAGCAGAAUAUACUCCAGUUUAUCAUACUAUUGUAAAUAAUAGUUACAAUAAUAGUUUUAGUAGCAUCAAUGCAAAUAGAACUUUGCCAUCCAUUAAAAGAGUAUAUCAAUUCUCAGGAAUACCUUCUCCUUAUAGGACAAGAAUAAGAGUUCCAUCAGCUUCCUCAAUUCAUCAUACAAAAAGACAAAAGAAAACUGGACAUGUAAGAAAGGAAGAUACUUCUACAGCCAACAGCACAUUCUUUGAAAAAACCAGAAAACCUAUUAAGCCAAAGAGUGAAGCUGCCAACACCUUAUUAUCUAUAUUAGAUGGUAAACUCCAAUAUACAACAAAAGAGGAAUCUAAUGCAACUAAGGCAAAUCUUUCAAAAAAUGAUACUGAAUCCAAACUCAAAAUUGAGAAACCAUCCAAACCUACUUCAACAUCAUCAACAAGCAAUGGUAGUGCUAUCACAGCCAAAGAUAUUGCUAAGACAAUAUUAUUUGAUAAAUCACAGCCAUUGGUACCAGAAGAUAAGAAAUUAGAGAGUGAAAAUCCUAAAAAGAAUGAGCCAUUAGUUAAUGGAACCUCUGAAGUUAAUAAUGGUAUAAAAUUCUCAUUCAAUCCUACAAAAUCCACCGAAACCAAUAAAGAUAUAAGCAUAGAAAAGAAGGUAGAGCCAUUUUCCUUCAAAAAUACAGGCACCAUGAACACCACUACCAACAGCGAUCAAAAGCCCAGCUUCAGUUUUGGUUUUACAUCAAAUGCACUUCCAGCUAAGCCAGUCUUUGGUGCUAAUCAGUCUGUUACUGCGACUCCUGCGGCUGCAACUGCUCCUACUACUAAUACAACCACUACAUUUCAAAAAGAGAAUGGUAAACCAGAUCCGUUCAGUAGUUACUACAAGUUCCCUCAAGUAGAGGUGAUCAAUGUGCAUUUAGAUCAAGCUAAAGUCGACAAGUACAAAUCGUUAUUUGAGUUUAACUGAUAGUAUAGUAUAUAUAGUUAAGAAUCUACGCGUUUAAUAUAUUAGAAUAUAUUGUAAUAUGAUG